AACCAGAAGAGGUUGGUUCAAAGAGACCUGAUUUGGGUUAUUUUAGAACCAAAAGUUACUUUGAACCAGAAGUUAGUUUAAAGAGACUCGAAUCAGGUUACUUCGAACCAGAAGUUGGUUCAAAAAGUAACCCCAAAUCAGGUUACUUUGAACCAGAA